AUGCCGACCGACCGCAAAAACCAAGGAGAGACCGGAAGCCGGAAGGAGGUCGAGGAGAAGGCCUGCACCCAAAUUGGAGCGGAAGAAGGUCUGGAAAUCGCCGGCCCCGCCCCGCCCCACAACCCGGAAGUGUGGGCGGUGCUCGCGGGAGCUUUCGGAACCGCCUGGGUGGCGACGCUCGAGAGCAUGGAGGGUCGGCCGGGCGUCCCGGGCGAAGACGUGUCGUUGCACAACUUCAGCGCGAGGCUGUGGGAGCAGCUUGUGCACUUUCACGUCAUGCGGCUGACAGACUCGCUCUUCCUGUGGGUGGGCGCCACGCCGCACCUGCGCAACCUCUCUGUAGCCAUGUGCAACCGCUAUGACUCCAUCCCUGUGGCAACCUCCCUGCUUGGAGACACUUCCGACACGACGUCCACUGGCCUGGCUCAGCGUUUAGCCAGGAAGACCAACAAACAGGUGUUUGUCAGCUACAAUCUUCAGAACACAGACAGCAGUUUCGCUCUACUUGUGGAAAACAGGAUCAAGGAAGAAAUGGAUGCUUUUCCGGAAAAGUUCUAG